AUGCUGAUGCGUGGACCUUAUAUAGACGGCCUUGCCUCUUUAGCUAACCUUAGUAUAUUAUAUGUAUCCUUGUGGGAAGGCCGCUCAUCCACCUUUGCACCAAAUCUGGGGACGGGCGGUAUGGAACUUUACAACAGCAUGGGGUUGCAGUCUAAGACUGAAAUGAAAAUGCAACCUAGGUAUAAGAGCGUAGCUCCAUUUGUGCAAAAGUUAAAAAGGUACACGCCUAGACUACUCGACGAUCCAAAUAACAAGCAGCUGGUUCGCUGGUCUGAAGAUGGUGACUGCAUCGUGGUUCCUGAUAAGGAUCAGUUCGCUGACGUUGUACUUCCUGAGCUGUUUAAACACAAUAAUUAUACAUCUUUUGUGAGGCAACUAAACGCGUACGGCUUCAGCAAACGGGUAUCACUCACGGACAACAGCAUGCGGGCAAGGGAACGCAAACUGGCCGGUUUAAGCGAAUUUUCGCACCCUUGUUUCAAGCGUGCGCAUCCGAGUUUGUUGCCACUGGUUAGGAAGAAGAAUGAUAGCAACAGAGCAAAACCACGAGGGCCACGAGAAACUGCGGUCGAUGAUGCAGUGACGAGCGAAAAUGAUCAGCAUGGAAGUAAGAGAAGGCUCCAAGAAGUGACGAUGCCGAUACAAAGAAUUGACAGCAGCUCAACCUCCACAGGUACUUUAUUGCUUGAAGCUAAGGCUUCGGUCGCUAUUCGAAACGUGCUCCAGGAAGUACGCGAACAACAGAAACAGAUUGUCAACCUUAUCGAUCGACAACAUGAGGUCAACAAGGACUUGCAGGAUCAAAAUAUCCGCUUUCAGCACCUUCAUGACCAACACCAGGAUUCAAUUAACGCCAUCUUGAGAUGUAUUGCUGUUAUCUUUCCGAAUUUGGAUGGGCAUGAGAAGAGACAUGGCACGAGCAGCCACGCCUCCAGCCAAAUAGCAUCAGACUUGCGACAACCUGCGGGUAAUGGCAGCUUGAAUGCAAUUGAUGUCGAUAGGGUAACUUGA